AUGGACAAAGACACAGUCACCAAGGAGGCCGACACGGCUGUAUCAAAAGAUGUACAGGCCUCGACCAAGCCCACAACGACUGGAUCGAGGAAAGGGCUGCGGUUCUGGAUGAUUAUCGUCGCGCUCAGCUUCACAAGUCUGCUUACGGCGCUGGAAGCAACCAUCACAUCCACAGCCUUGCCUUCAAUCAUCGCGGAGCUCGGCGGCGGCGACUUGUAUAUAUGGGCCGUCAACGGAUACUUCCUAACCAUGACGUCAUUGCAGCCCCUUUACGGACAGCUGGCGAAUGUCUUCGGACGUCGGUGGCCAACGAUUGCCGCAACAACAGCUUUCGUCUUGGGUAGCGGUAUUUGCGGCGGAGCCAGCAACAUGGCAAUGCUCAUCGCUGGUCGUGUGAUCCAAGGAGCCGGCGCAGGCGGCAUCGGCAUGCUCAUCGAGAUGAUUAUCUGCGAUUUGGUCCCUUUGCGACAACGAGGUAACUACUUGGCCAUCGUCUUGGGCCUGGUUGCUCUCGGUACGGCUCUUGGACCAUUCUUCGGUGGCCUCAUUGUCAAUUAUUCCUCAUGGCGAUGGGUCUUUUACCUCAAUCUUCCUAUCGGCGGUGUCGCCGUGGUACUGCUCGUUGCCUUCUUGAAGGUGAGAUGGAACAAAGACGCCAACCUCGCCACCAAACUGACCUCGAUUGACUGGGCUGGCAAUAUUAUCUUCAUCGCAGCCAUCAGCACGGUCCUCGUUGCGCUGUCCUGGGCUGGCGCCGUGUAUCCCUGGUCAUCAUACCAUGUUCUUGUUCCUCUGUUGGUUGGCUUGGUGGGCCUAGCAGGCUUUCUUGCAUUUGAAGGUUCUCGUUUCGCUCCUCAGCCAACCAUGCCGCUGCAUCUGAUGUCGAACCGUACAUCGGCCACCGCAUUCAUGCUCAGCUUGAUGCACAGCAUACUCACCAUGUGGCAAGUCUAUUUCCUCCCUGUCUAUUUUCAAGGUGUCCUCGGGUCAUCACCCGCAUACUCGGGAGUCCAACUUCUGCCCACUAUUCUAGUACUGAUCCCGUUUGCUGCAAUGGGAGGGAUGGCAAUGUCCAAAUUCGGCCGCUAUCGACCCGUACAUAACGCAGGAUUUGCGUUGCUGGUGAUAAGCUUCGGCCUCUUCGGCCUCCUCGAUCAGAAUACCUCCACAGGCGCUUGGGUUGGCUACCAAAUCAUAGGGGCUGCCGGGGCGGGCCUUAUUAUUGCAACUUUGCUGCCUGCAGUAAUGGCGCCGCUCUCAGAAAGCGACACAGCACUUGCCACAUCGACCUGGGCCUUCUUGCGCAGUUUUGGACUGAUCUGGGGCACUGCAAUUCCUGCAGCCAUAUUUAACAGCCGCUUCGACGAACUUGCGACGGCGGUCAUAACAGAUCCCGUCAUCAGAGCGCAACUGGUUAAUGGCCAAGCAUACGGCCAUGCAACAGCUGAUUUUCUCAACACACUCUCUGCUUCCACUCGCGGACAGUUUAUUGCAGUAUUGACUGAGAGCCUCCGCCGGACAUGGCAGGUUGGGAUCGGGUUCGCAGCACUGGGGUUUCUGCUUGUGUUUUUGGAGAAAGAGUGUCCGCUCCGUCAGGAGCUUGAAACUGAGUUCGGCAUGGAAAAGGAGGAGAACAAAAAAGGGACCUUGGAAGGAGGAGGGGUCGCUAAGUAG